GUUGUGGUUGACUGGAGGGGAAAACGGCAGGCAACCCGUUGUUCAUCUAUCUCUUGGCGCUCUUGGUCAAUCUUGGAAGGUGGCAAGCCAUCCCAAGACAGAGCACUUUCCAGAGGUGGGCAUUCCUUCCCUGUCCAUGGUCCGUUGUUCCUUCCGUUGGUACCUCCGGGAGCGGGAAUACUAUACGAUGCAGAGAAAGAGCCAAGACUCGACCAUCACUCGAGCCCUCGGGUCGCUCCUGCCCCAGAUUGUACCCAUGGAAGGUAGGGCAGCAGGGAGGGCAGGUGCAGUUGUACCCCAUGCGGUGCUCGCUUGCCACACUACUAAUUGCUUAAGGUGAAAAAUAUAUCUCGCGGGGUCGUAUAUAAUACCUGCCGUCUGCUGCUUCGCUUCUCAGACACGGCAGGUUCAAAUCUCUCUCUCUCCAUCCACCUGGCACCCGGCGACCUUACGGCCGCUCUCCAAAGACGAGACAAGGCAACACCUGAGUGUUCCAUUCAGAGAGAGCUUCCCACACAGCCCACCAUGGCGUCCGACCCCACGAGCAUCGCCGUGAGCGACGAUGUCAAGGCCAUCGUGAAGGACAAGGAGGCGGCCGGCUUGGCCCCCGUCCUCAGCAGCACAGUCGAGGACGACGACCUCGGUGUCAGCGCUGAUGGCAGAUCUCCCACCGACGAGGAGCUUCACACCCUCCGCCGCAUCCCCGACAAGAUUCCCUGGAGCAUCUACACCAUCGCCUUCGUCGAGUUGUGCGAGCGUUUCUCCUACUACGGUACCACUGCCGUCUUCACCAACUUCAUUCAGCAGAAGCUGCCAGACAACUCCACCACAGGUGCUAGCUACGACAUCGAGAAUGGCCAAGCCGGUGCCCUCGGCUUGGGUCAGAGAACCUCGUUCUCGUUGACGACCUUCAAUGCUUUCUGGCAGUACACCAUGCCUCUGUUCGGUGCCUACGUUGCCGACAGUUGGCUCGGUCGUUACAGAACCAUCGGUGCCGCCCUCGGUAUCGAUAUCGUCGGUCACAUCCUUCUCAUCAUCUCCGGUCUUCCCCCUGUCAUCAAGAACCCCAAUGGUGCGCUCGCUGCCUUCACUCUCGGCAUAAUCACUAUGGGUGUCGGUACCGGUGGUUUCAAGCCCAACGUCAACCCCUUGAUUGUUGAGCAGCUUGAUCUCGAGAGAAUGGUGAUUCGCACCCUGCCGACUGGUGAGCGCGUCAUCGUCGACCCUGCGGCCACCGCUUCCCGUGUCUACCACUACUUCUACCUCUUCAUCAACCUCGGUGCUCUCGCUGGUCAGCUCAGCAUGGUCUACUGCGAGCACUAUGUCGGCUUCUGGCUCUCUUACACUCUCCCCACCAUCAUGUUGUGCUUCUGCCCCCUGGUUAUGCUCUGGGGUCGCAGACGCUACAAGCGUGUCCCGCCCGCUGGCUCAGUUCUUGGCCGCGCCUUCAAGAUCUUCGCCCUCGCCAACAAGGGCCGCUGGUCCCUCAACCCCGUCAAGACCUACAAGAACCUCCACGACGGAACCUUCUGGGAGAACGUCAAGCCCUCCAAGAUCCAGAAUAAGCCCAAGUGGAUGGACUUCAACGACGCCUGGGUUGAUGAAGUUCGCCGUGGCUUCAAUGCCUGCGCUGUGUUCAUGUGGUAUCCACUCUUCUGGCUCUGCUACAAUCAGAUUAACAAUAACUUGAUUUCGCAAGCUGCCACCAUGAAGCUCGGCGGUGUCCCCAACGACGUCUUGACCAACUUGAACCCCUUCGCUCUGAUCAUCAUGAUCCCCCUCAUGGAUACCCUUGUGUUCCCCGCCCUUCGCAAGCUCCGCAUCAAUUUCACCCCCAUCAAGCGUAUCGCUGCCGGUUACUUCGUUGCUGCCAGCGCCAUGAUCUGGGCCUGCGUUCUUCAGUACUAUCUCUACAAGAAGAGCGAGUGCGGCAACCAUGCCAGCGGCAAUAUGCUUGGUCCUGACGGUGCCGAGUUGCUUGACUCUGACGGCAAGGCAAUCAAGUGCCCCAAUGUCGAGAUCAGCGUCUGGGCCCAGACCGGCUCUUACGUUCUCAUCGCCUUCUCCGAGAUUCUGGCCUCCAUUACCAGCUUGGAGUAUGCCCAUUCCAAGGCUCCCGCAAACAUGCGCUCCAUGGUUCAGUCUGUCUGUCUGUUCAUGAACGCCAUCUCGUCUGCCAUCGGCUUCGCGCUGGUGCCCCUUGCUGGCGACCCGCUUCUCGUCUGGAACUAUGGAGUCGUUGCCAUUGCCGCCGCCAUCGGUGGUCUCUGCUUCUGGCUCCAAUUCCGUGGCCUCGAUGCCCAAGAAGAUGAGCUCAACAUGCUUCCUAAGGGAGAUGUUGGCGGCAAUUCUUCCGAGCCCCAGGCUUAUGAGAAGAAGGACUCUGUUGCUUAAAUAAAGACAAGGCUUAAUGUUCUUGUUUAAUUUUUGGCCUGCGUUCUACCACGGGGCCGCAGUAUAUGUCCGUUAGUAUGGGUAUAUAUACUGGUUAAUGAUUUUAUUGAUUGUGAUAGGAUACCACCUUGUGUGUAUGAUUUCGAUGGGGAAGCAUUUGAUGAUAUACCCCCCCAUUGGAGGUAUGAAGGGAUAUCUCUGGGUAAUGUUAUGAGUAAGGGAAGGAAAGGGAAUGUGGAUGUCAGAGGUGGAUAUGGGACAGGGACAGGAUUUCCCUUUUUCAAGAGUCUUUGAUACCAAACGCAGCUGUGAUAAGCCUAGCUACGGGGAAAUAUACCGGAUCAAAAUAUUUGUUACUGCGCUUUGAUUGUAGAAUGUGUGGUGUGGUGAUGUCGAAUAAUAGGUAAUGAAGUGAUACUCCAAUAAAGAAAAUGCUUUUGAGUG